GUGUGAAGCUGAAUCUAGUUGUGUGUGGUCGUGACGGGACAUUAAAAUCCUCCAUAUCAGAGCUGAUCCUGCAGCAGACAGACAGAAGAUCAGAGUGUGUGAGGAGAGACGUGCAGCUUCAUGGCCGUCUGAUCAGUCUGGUGAAGCUUCAAGCUCUCAGUCGGCUCUCAGAGGAGGAAGUGAUGCAUCAGACUCUCCGUUGUGUUUUUCUCUGUGAUCCUGGAGUUCAUGUUUUCCUCCUCAUUAUUCCUGACGCUCCAAUGACUGAUGAAGACAAAGCAGAAAUGGAGGAGAUCCAGAGGAUAUUCAGCCCAAGGAUCAACAAACACAUCAUGAUCCUCAUAAUGCAGAGUUCAGAGCAUCAGACAGCAGAACUCAAUGAAGAAACAAAGUCUGUCAUUGAGAGUUUUGGAGGACGACAUCAUUUCUUUGGUCCCAACACACAAGUGUCCACAUUGAUGGAGAACAUUGAGCAGAUGGUGGAAGAAAACAGAGGAGAGUUCUUCUCCACAGAGACAUUUUUUGAUGCACAGAUGAAAAAACUACAGACAGACAUUCAUUUUCAAGGUUCAACAGAGAGAGAAGAUGAAAUAAGGAUUGUGCUGCUGGGAAAAACUGGAGCUGGGAAAAGUGCAACAGGAAACACCAUCUUAGGAAGUGACGCGUUUAAAGCAGAAACAUCUCAGCGAUCAGUGACUAAAGAGAGUCAGAGAGAAUCAUCUGAAAUCAACGGCCGACACGUUACUGUGAUCGACACUCCAGGACUGUUUAGUACUGAACUUACCAAUGAGGAGAUCCAGAGAGAAAUCAGCCACUGCAUCUCCAUGAUACUGCCUGGACCACAUGUGUUCAUCGUUGUGCUCAAUUUAGGACAACGAUUCACUCAAGAAGAAGAAACAUCAGUGAAGAUCAUUCAAGAGACAUUUGGGGAGAAAUCUCUAAUGUACACCAUGGUGCUCUUCACCAGAGGAGAUGAUCUGAAGGAUAAAACAGUUGAUCAGUGUUUGGGGAAACCUGGAUCUCCUGUGAUGAAGCUGAUUGAAGUGUGUGGAAACAGAUUCCAUGUGUUCAAUAAUAAUCAGACUGGAGACCGAACACAGGUGUCUGAUCUACUGGAGAAGAUAGACAACAUGGUGACAGCGAACGGAGGGAGUUUCUACUCAUGUAAGAUGUUCAGAGAGAUGGAGAGAGAAAAACAAGAUCAACAAAUGAAGAUCCUGAUGGACAGAGUCAGAGAAGAACUGGUAGGCAAACAUGAAGAAGAGAUUAUGAAGAUGAUGAUGGAGGAAGAAAGACAGAAUCGUGACAUAGAGAGAAAGAGAAGAGAAGAGCAUGAUGAUAAAAGGAGUGAGAGGGAGAAACAGAUUUCUGACUAUCAAUAUCUGAGACUUACUAAGAGUAAAGAGAUGAAGAUGUGCUCUGAAACUGAUGAUUCAGUACAGGUCACAGCCUACAGGAAACUGGAGACUGAAUACAGCAAGUGGUCCUGGAGUGUUCACAGUGCCAUGAUGGAAAUUGAGAACAAACUACACAACAAAAUAGAAAAUGAAGAAAUUCAUGAGGUUGAUGAAACUGAUCUUCAGAGAGAACUGAAGAAGACAAGUGAAGAAGUGGAGAAAUCAAUGUCAGAAUACUUUGAGAAAGACACUGAUGCAGAUAUACUGAUUCAGUGGAAAACAUCAUUUGAAAUCAAAAUCAAAGAGAUUCAGGAAAACAUUGUAAGAGAAAAAAAGAGGAAAUUAAAUGAGAUUCUUCAGCAGCGAUAUCUGAAGAAAAUUAUUGAUGCUCAGAGGAUAAAUCAUGAAAACACUCUCUAUGAAAAGAGCAAAAAACUUGCCUUGAAACUCAAAGACAAAACAAUUGAUGAAGAAACACUGAAGAAAAAGUUUGAUUUGUUUUUGGAACAAUAUGUGAAGAAGAUCAUUACAGACACUCUUCCAAUCAAAGACAUUGACAUAAUGAGAGAUGUGAAAAAGCACCACAGUGACAUCUAUAGAGGUGUUUUUUUCAAUCACUGGAUGGAGAGCAGGGAUAUGUUUUCUGUGGCAAGUUAUUCUGAUUAUGUAAAGGGAAACCGGUCCAGUGGAUUUACAGGAGAUUUUAAAAAUGCCAUCAAAUUAGCACUUUCUAAAGAGGAUGAAGCCCAAAUAAGAUCAUUGGUCACAGAUGUUGAUCAGCAAGCAGACAAAAUUAUUCAGUCAUUUAACAUUUCAAAGAUGGGCUACAACAUCAGCUGCAUUCCACAACUCACAGAUUACAUCAGGGUAAGAGUAAAAGAACACGAGGAAGGACCAGUGAAAUAUGUGUUUAAGAGUAAAUUUGUCAUGGACUUGGUUUAUUCCAUCUGUAAGAGAGCAAACAAGAUGAUCAGUGACCAACAUCGGCUGUUCAGAGAAGCCAAUGAUCCUGAAAUAUAUGUUAAGAAGAAGAGAGAAGAGUACUAUAGUAUUUUCCAGAAAUACUGUCAUGAAGCAACAUCAGCUACCAUUUUUGGUGAGAUCAUCUGUCAGAAACUGAAAGAAUCCAUUGAGCAGAGUGUCUAUAAGAAGACUGCCAGAGAUCUGACAGAUGAAAUGAGAUCAAACUGUGAAUCACUGAAUGGAAACAGAUCAAAUCUGGAGAAACACAUCUUGAAGACACUAGCAGAAGAGGAAGAUUUUGGAAAAUACAUGAACUACAUUCAUAAUCCCAGAGAUCACUUCAAGAGUUUCAUCAGAGAUGAAGUCAGUCAGUACAUCACUGAUAAGUUCAGUGUCAGUGUUUUACCCAAGAUGAAGGAGAACAUUAAACUCCUGCAGCAGAAGAUCAUGAAAGCAGCACAUGAAUCUACUGAACAUGUUCAAGUGAACAGAGGAGAUGUUGGUUUGUGGUUGAAGAGUUUCACACAGCAGCUCUCAGAUGUGCUGAUCUUCUCUGAAAAAGACCUCAGUGGAGUGAAACAUGAUGUUGUUGAUGAUUUUACGCUUCUAGAAGAUGUGAUGAGAAAACAACUUCCUGCUAUAAUGUCUGACAUCAGCAGUAGAUUCAACAGAAAGACAUUUCUAGUAAAUCUUGACUAUAAGGACAAACCACACCAGAUUCUGAUUGAUCACUUCAGUCAGUGCUGUUGGGUUCGGUGUCCGUUCUGUGGAGCCGUCUGCACCAACACCAUAGAAAACCAUCAUGAAGAUCACAGAGUUGCUUUCCACAGAGUGGAUGGAAUUAAUGGCACAUAUCAUGGUCUAACACAGAAUCUUUGUACAAGUUUAGUGGGAAGUGAUCAGUAUUUUAAUACACCAGAUGGUCAGUUUAAAUAUAAAGAAUACAGCACAGCAGGAGGAGUUUAUGCAGAAUGGAGCAUCACCCCUGACCACUCCGAUCAGCCCUACUGGAAGUGGUUUGUGUGCAGAUUCCAGAAAGAUCUGGAAAAAAGCUACAGCAAAACAUUUCAGGGGAAGGGUAAGAUUCCAGACGAAUGGAAAAAAUACACAAAACAGGAUGCUAUUGAGAGUUUGGAUCAAUGUAUAUAAUGGAGAAGAAUAGAAAAAUGAAAGAAUGAAACUAUGAUCACAGUAAGAGUUUCUAUUACACAUGACAGAGAUUCUGAAGUCAUCAACAUCUCAGCAAAUAUGAGAGCUUGACAAGAUUCAAUUACUCAUAAAAUAUAUGCUACAUUUAAAUGUGCAGUAUGCGAUUUCUGAGAAGAACUGUUUAUCUUUCAAAUCACCAUAAUAAACAUGUCCCUACCCAGAGGGAUCACACCUCUAUUGUGGUAGAACUCACAAACUCUCAAACACCAUGCAACACAGACACCUCCCCCAUCAUGAGUGGACACACCCCAUACUGAUGAUUGGCUACAAGUGUGUUUUGGUGCUUGGUCUGAACCACUUUCAACAGCGUUUCUCAGAAAUCACUUACCGCACUUUCAACAAAAUUUAAUUUAAAAUUGAAUUGUUUUUGUGGUGGUGAAUUUUACAGAGUUUUUUCCUGAUUUUUUUAGAGGUGAAAUUAGCUGUAGAUAUACAGAUAAUGAAAUAACAACUUUAAUAUUUCAUAUGAUGAUAUCAAAAUUGAAGAUUAAAAAAAAAAAAAACCUAUAAAAAAACAUUUUGCCUAAUGCUGCAUUUGCUUGUGUAAAUCAUGUAACAAGUAUAGUAAAAAAAAUAAAAACAAAGAAAUAACACAUUUUCCCUCUUGUCUUAUUGAAGCCCUGGACAAAUCCUGCAUGCAGCUCAAGAGAUGAAAGACAAAAUGUUCUGACCAAUGUCUAAACAUUUACUUAGUGUAUGAAUGAACACUAAAGAAAAACAUUUCAGAAUAUCUAGAUUCGCCCCAGUCCAGAAAGAGACUCUGCUCAAAAAUCCAGCAUAAAUAAGCAUUAAUUACAUGCUGGUCCAGGUUGGUUUAUGCUGGUUAGUGCUGGUCUGGCUGUUGGACCAACAUAGUCAUACUGUUCUCAAUCAAAACAGAGCUGGUGAAGCUAGUUCACAAGCAUUGUCUUGCAGAGUUGAGUGUGAGUAGACCAGAGUCUGUAUGCAAGCAGUGUUUUGGGAACAAGCAUUGUUUUUGCUUGUAUAUUUCUAUAUUUAACACACUAUGUAAAGGAAAACAAUAUAAGACUAAAACAUUUAAUUUAUUGUAAUAUACAUAAUUAUCUUUAUUUUUUGCUCCCUCUUUUGAAAGUAAAUGAAAAUACAAAUAGUUUCAGUUAUGAUUACGUUA